AUGGUGCUCGGCACAGUCGUCCAAGUUAGAAAAACUAGGGAGAAAAGAAUUUUUGUCUCAGGGACCCUGACUUUGCAAAAAGCCUUGCUGGCGAUGAGCAGGAGAGAGGAAAGCAGAGCUCCAGCAGAAGAAGAGGGGCAGAGGUGUCCGUAUCGGCUCAGCCGAGGAACGCCGCGAGCGUCUUUCGGACCCACUGUGCUAACCAGAUUGGUGAAAAAUACAAUAACAAGACUUCAGCGGCAAAUACCUAGGAUUUGCCGGGACCCCCCUCUCCUGGCCGCCCCUCGGAGCAGCAUCGCGUCUGCGCCUCCACCCCCGCCGUGCAUGGGCAGGCGGCUCGGGGAGCGGGGGCUGCCCCGGGCUCGGCCCCAGUCCCGCGGCCGGGCCUCCGCGCCGCCCUCCGCGCUGCCCGCCAUGGCGCCCGCCGACCUUCCCAACAUGGCGCCCCCGCCCCGCUGUCCCGGGCUCCCGGCUGUGCAGCCGCGGCUGGUGGCCGUCAGCAAGACGAAGCCGGCAGAGAUGGUGAUCGACGCCUACAGCCACGGACAGCGCAGCUUUGGGGAGAACUACGUUCAAGAGCUGCUAGAAAAGGCGUCAGACUCCAGAAUUCUGUCGUCUUGUCCAGAGAUUAAGUGGCAUUUUAUUGGCCAUCUGCAGAAAAAUAACGUCAACAAGUUGAUUGCUGUCCCUAACCUGUUCAUGUUGGAAACGGUGGAUUCUGUGAAGCUGGCAGACAGAGUCAACAGCUCAUGGCAGAAAAAAGGGUUGUCUCAGAAGCUGAAGGUCAUGGUGCAAGUUAACACGAGUGGAGAAGACAGUAAGCAUGGCCUUCCUCCCGGAGACACCACAGCUGCCGUGGAGCACGUCAUCAACAAGUGUCCGAGCCUGGAAUUUGUGGGGCUAAUGACGAUCGGCAGCAUUGGGCAUGACCUUAGUAAGGGGCCAAAUCCUGACUUCCAGGUGCUGCUAUCUUUGCGGCAGGAGGUGUGUGAAAAGCUGAAUCUCCCCGUUGAGAAGGUGGAGCUGAGCAUGGGCAUGUCCACAGACUUCCAGCACGCAAUAGAGGUUGGAUCCACAAACGUCAGGAUUGGAAGCACUAUUUUUGGAGAGCGAGAUUAUUCCAACAAAGCAGUCGGUGGCGAGGCCCCUGCUGAAACUAAAGGCAAAACGGAGACCUUGACAGCGCAGGGUCAUUAGAUGGAAAAAAAAGUGGCCUCGACAGAGGACAGAUGAUGGGAGACCUCACUAUGCAUUCUUACCUCCCUCCGUGUUGGCACCCGAUCGUGAUGGUGAGAGGGAAUUCCUCAUAACAGAACAGAGGCCAGAAACGCCUCGUCAUUUAUUGUGAUUAUAGAGUACCCGUAGAAACUGGAAAUUUUUAUAACCAACAAAUGAUAAGAAAAUUUGUGAUUGAAAGUGACUGUGGUAUCUUGGCUCCUUCAGGGUCACUAAGAACAGUGACUUUUGGAUAACUGGGUUGAACAAACGAAGUAUUUGUCAGGAUGGAGUUGCUAAUGAGCAAGAUGUAUCUGCGGCAGUGUUGGUGAUUAUGUUUUCACUGAAGACUAAAUUCUUCAUUAAACAAGUUAUAAUCUUG